AGGUUUCCGCCUUUGUGUUUCUGUUUUAUUGAACUAUGGCAUCAAAAAAGAAUGAUCAGAAAAGCAUUUUGCGACUAGAGGAAGAUGUCACCAACUUGACAGAAGAGCUUUGUCAGUGCCAGGCUGACAAAGAAUUUGUAUGGUCAUUAUGGAAACGUCUCCAGGUGGCAAACCCAGAUAUAACACAAGCUAUCAGCUUAGUUGUGGAGAGGGAGAAAAUUAAAUCGGAGGCAAAAGACCGAAAAGUGCUAGAAAUUCUUCAAGUUAAAGAUGGCAAAAUACAGGAACUGGAGAAGAGAGCAUCAGGACAGCAGCAGGAGAUAAAUAACCUUGUGCAAAGAAAGAUGGCUGUGGACGAAGAAAAUAUUUUACUAAAGAAAGAAUUGAAUGACCUCCAACAGGAAUUAAAAGAUAAAAGUCAAGAACUUAAGACUGCAAAAGAAAGUACACAAAAAAAUGAAGAGCAAUGUAAAACCGAUUUAGGAAAACUAGCGCAAGAAAAUGAAGAAUUGAAUAAAAGAUGUUCUGACCUGCACAGUGACCUAGAGAAGGCAAGGAAACAGGAGGCCCAAUGGAGAAGAGAAAAAUCUAGUAUUGAUGCCAAAAUAAAGGAUGUGGAAGUUGACUUGAAAGAUGCUAGGAGAGAGAUAGAGGUUAUGCAUAGCAAAAACAAUGAGCUGUCAUCCCAGCUUACCGUAAAGCAGAUGGAGUUGGCACAAAAACAAGUUGAUGUUUCCAAGUUAAGGAAAGAGCUGCAGGACUUACAGAAUCUUUACAAACAAAGCAAUGAAUAUGCAGCACAGCAAGCAGAACUGAUCCAGCAGCUACAGUCUCUCAAUAUGGACACACAGAAAGUUCUAAGAAGCCAGGAAGAUGCUCACACUACUGAAACUAUUUCAUACCAGAAACUUUACAAUGACUUGAAUACAUGUUACGAAACUGUGAAGUCUAGUGAGACUCAACUGCGGCAAAAUAAUUUUGCUCUCACAGAGCAGCUGCAUCAAAGAGAACAACAAGUUAGCCACCUGCAAAUUCAACUGCAAGAUGCCUUAAAUGCAUUUUCCAAGCCAUCUGAAGAACCUAAGACCACUGAACAGCCAUCUCUAGAAGAGCUGGAACUCAUAAUAGCUUCACAGAAGUCUGAAAUAAAAUUUCUACAGGACAGACUUAAAACUGCAGAUUUCCAGAUAACUAAGGUAGAUAAAUGUGGAAGUGGUGCACCUGACAACAGCAUCCUGAGGGCUCGGAAACAAGAGAUGCCACCUGUGAAACGUUCAAGGUCUUUGUCCCCAAUGGGCUUUUCCAGAGAGGAGGAAGAGUUAAAGAAGCUUAAGAUAGCAGAAAAGAGGAUUGAACAUUUAGAAAAGGCACUGCAGAUUAAGAUCCAAGAAAAUGCUGGAAUCAGAAAAGCACAUGAUAACCGUAAAGAGAGAUUUAUUUCAUUACAAACCAAUUUUAAAGUGGUUACAGACCAACUCAAGAAAAGUGAAAAGGGAUGUAUUAAUGAGAAUGGGAAAUACAGUGAAACACCACGUGCUGAAUUUUGGCAACUUCGACAUGAAGACUCUGAUGCAGUGUGGAAUGAACUUGCACACUUCAGACGAGAACAGCAAAAGUUAUUAGUUGAUAAAAUGAAUUUGGAAGAGGAAAUAGAUCAGCUGAAAGUGCAGUUAUCUUCAGAUAAAGCCACAAUACAAGAACUAAAAAGUUGCCUUAAGGAAGAGCGAGAAGUCCUUCUCUUGAGACUGAGUAAGGAUGAAACAGUCAAAAGCAGUACUCCAAAGAAGAAUACGGAAGACACGUUGCAGCGGGCAUUGCAAAAAAUUAACCAUUUGUCGCAAAAGUUGAAAGAAUUAGAACCGGAAACAAGGAAAUUACAGGAAGCAAAUGAGGAGUUAACCAAAGAAAAACUUUCCCUAAAGACAACCAUAAAGCAUCUUCAAAGAGAAGCAGAUGCAAGAGAGCAAAAGUUAGCAACAAUAAUUCUGGAAAAUCAAGAAGUAAAAGGAGCUAGAGAUAAAUUAGAGAUGAAAGAGGGUGAGCUAACUAGAGAAAUCAAAUCCCUUAAAAGACUGUUAUCAGAAGAGGAUAAGCUGAGAAAUGAAAAUCGCGAUCUGAGAAGGCAAUUGUGGACUCUGCAGCAUACCCUAAAACAAACCAAAGUGACCAACCUAGCUUCCAAGGAAGCAAACAAACAAAAGGAAGUAAGAGCCAAGGUUAAGCAAUCGGCAACAAAGAAGAUCUCUCUGAGACGUCAUCAAGCUUUUCUUAAUCAGUCUAUCAAAGUUAUGAGCAGUAUGUUUGAGAACUUCAGCAAAGACGGUUGGGAGAAUGUGAGUGAAGACAGUGAUUCUGAAAUCGAAUCUUCUGAGAGCUUAGGACAAGUGAUUUUAAAAUCAACCCAGACAGCUUGCUCAUCCCUUGGGGAAACUAGCACUAUGGAGGAAAGUACAACUGAUGAAUUUACUGAUAACAAGGACAUUGCUCCUGAAAAAGUACCCAGAACUCAAAGAGAAAUAAAAAAAGAAGGGUUUAUUCUCAAAUAUAACACAUCGCCAAUAAAAACAGUACAAAGGGAAAAGAAAAACAAGACUACUUCUUUUAAGCAAGGAAUUUCCAUGACUUCUUUACGGGACAGAAUUGCAUCCUUACAACAUAAAGUCACUGUAUUACAGAGAGGAAAACGGGCAGCCACAGAGUCUGCCAAUGAAUUCAAGAAAGCUAAAAUAGAGUUAGCAGCUGAACUGCAUCUGGCACACCAAAGACUUCUAAUCAGCAAGCAGAUGUUAAAGAAAUUGUCUUUAGAUCUCACUGAACUUCAACGAGAAAAAGAAUAUAUGGAACAAAAUUUAGAGCAGAUGAAAGUGCAGCUGGCUCAAUUCAAAAGGUCAUCAGAAGUGCAGUGCCCUGUGACUUCAGACCUGUCUCCAGCCGUCCCAUUAACUUCAUCAAAGAACAUAGACCCAGAGAUGAAACAGCUCCAGAAUAAAUUAAAGAGUAUGACAACUGAAAGUACAAAACAGUCCUCAGCAAUUAAAUCUUUGAGAAGCGAAGUCCAUGAAAAGGAAGAACGAAUUCAGGAACUUCAAGAAAGGGCUGCUAGAAUGGAAAGGGAUGUCAACAUGAAAAGGCAUUUGAUAGAGGAUCUGAAAACUCGUCUGAAAGCCUACCAGGAAAACGAGAGGCCUAGACAAGAAAUGUUGGAAAGUCUUGAAAGGAAGGUAAAAACUCUCUCAGAAGAAUGUUCUCAAAAGAAGACAUCAAUUGAUUCAUUAAGACAGAGGCUUAGCAUCGCUACAAAGGAAAAGGCACAGCAUGAACAAAUGUAUCGAAAGGUGCAAGAAGAGUUGGACAAAAAGCGUUUACGAAUCACUGAUCUGGAAAGUAAAGUCACUCAAACAGAACUUGCUAUGAAUGAACUGGAAAAAGCUGCAACUCAACAGCUUCACAAUUUAGCCAUUCAGAGCGAGAAAUCUAUGGAAGUGGUACAAGACAAGUUGCUUCAUGUGACCAGAAGAGCAGAUGAGCUUGUUACAUUUGUUAAGCAUCUAGCUAAAACACUUCAGAUUGAUAUAUGCGAGAUCAGAAGUCAGAUCAGACAAGCCAAAAUAAUGCAAGAAUCCAAUAGUGGCCCAUCAAAAGAAUCUGUCAACAGAGCACAGUCAUUGGCAGCUUCUAUCCUCAAUAUCUCCCGUUCAGACCUAAAUGAGAUAUUAGAUGUUCAUGAUGGUCAGGAAAUUGCAGACCUGAAGAAGUCAUUAGAGUGUGAUAAAGAUUGGAUGAACCACAUAGUGAAGCUUCUUGACGGACAGUUUCCAUUUGAAUCCAACUUAAUAGACGCUAUACUGGACAAACUUGACGAGAAGAAAAAGCUGAUAGUAGAGCAUACUUUACUGAAGAGAGAUAUGUAGUAAAUCUGCUGGUGAUUGAUUUCAGGAGCAAAUUUAGUGUGCACAUAAUUGAAACCUCAAAAUCUGGUAAAAAAUGUACAAAACCUAUAUUGAAAUAAUCUUGUUUAGUCUAUGUAUACCAUAUGUUUUUUUUUUUUUUAUAUCACCCCUCUUCGGUUCCAGUUACUGCCUGCUCUAUUUAUUUUGUUUAAUAGCUCUAAUUUAUUUUUAGUUUUUCAUAUGUACAAUCAAAUAAAGUUUUAUAUGAAAUAAUAA